AUGAAUAAUCGUGCGUCUUCGAAAGCGGAAAAAGAUGAGAGUCUAGAAUCUGAGAGCGCCGAACACGUCGUUGUGGCACGUCAUGUCCAAUCCAUCGCAACCGCAAAAUUCCAAGGACGCUCGUUGUUGACGACGGUGGAACUACCAGUGGGUUUGCAAGAGAUUCAAAAAAAGGCCUUUAAUCACUGCCUAUCUUUGGUGGAUAUUUCUAUACCAUCAUCUGUGCAAGUUAUUGGCAAGAAAGCUUUCUCUGACUGUUAUGCUCUUGAGGAAAUGAACAUUCCUGAAGGCAUCGCGGUAAUAUCCAGUGGAACCUUUGCGAGUUGUGGAAUGUUGCGCACUGUUCAACUUCCGACGACUGUGGUCAGGAUUAGUUCCGACGCAUUUUCAUACUGUGCCAAGCUUACUAUACAGCUACCACCAAAGCUGACGAGGAUUGGCAAUCGAGCCUUUUUGGGGUGCUCACGGAUUCAGACUUUAUUGAUUCCCUCGACUGUCGUUUCCUUGGGCGAUUCGACCUUUGCAUCAUGUACUGGCUUGAAGAGCAUUGAAGUCUGUACAACGAGAAAAAGUGCGCUGACGGAAAUUGGGGGAUACGUAUUCAGCAAAUGCCAAUCGCUGAUAAACGUUGCCAUUCCAAAUAAGAAAGGAAUGGAGAUAUAUGCGUUUGUAUUCCAUAACACGCGAUUUAAUGAUGAGAGGGAUGUAAUCAAGAAACUACAAAAUCGAUUCAAGCGUUUCCCAGUCCAUAGGCUGUGCUACAAUCAAGGUCAUGGCCUCACAUCUAACGACUUUGACAACCGUGCCAUGUAUCAAGGCAAAAGAAUUAAUCCAUCGGUAGCCAUGAGAGAUGAUCUUGGACUGACUGUAUUCCACAUCCUGGCGCUGUCGGAGAAGGCCAGUAGCAUUGCCAUUUAUGAUUUUCUCAAGCGAAGUGUACGAGUCGACACUAUUGGACGAUGCCUCUGGCUCAAGGAUAAUGAUGGAAACCUCGCGCUUGCCUAUUCCAUCUUUUCGACAGAGUCACCACACAGCCAGUCACUCGCAAGAUCCAUGACAAGUUCAAUGAUUGCACCUCGACUGUCACGCUCGACUUUGGAACAAUCAAAGAAUGAACUCCUGCAAAGGAUCAGAGACGAGACGAUGUCCUUUGACUAUGAAGUCGUCAACGAGAUCUUUCAUCAACUAAGCAUGAUUGAACGCAAAGAAUCGAUCAUACUUCUUCUGUUGGCGCUAUGGAAGCAGAAAAUGCAUAUGGACGGCUUACGUUUUAGCAACAGGUCUUCUGUGGAACGACCAUCCAAGCGACAAAAGGUCAGUGUUAUUCAGGAAGAAGACAACAAGGUGACUGGUAGUCAAGAACAAUCGAAGCAGGAAGAACGACAAUCGUCGUUAGAUCGAUGGAAUUGCUACCUCCGAGCAGGCGCGGACGAUAUGAUUUCCAGUGUACUAUCAUUCGUCGGACAAGUCGAACCAGAACUUCAAUUACAGUCUGAAGAAGCAUGA